UGCACCAGGGUUUGGUGGGGCCAGCCAGGCACUGAGGUGCCCGCUCUCCCGGUGGCAUGGAGGCGCGGUGCCGGCACAGUGCAGCGUUUGACUGCACGCCCCAGCCGGCAGCCUGCUGCCCCAACUGGAUGGCAAGACUCCCCGAUGCCCUGCCCCUCUCCCGCCUCUCCAUCCCUGGCACCCACGACUCCCUCAGCCUGUUUGGUGGCCGGCGCUUGCGGUGCCAGAGCUGGAGCCUGGAGGCCCAGCUGGCAGCCGGCGUCCGCUUCCUGGACGUGCGCUGCAAGCUGGUGCAGGGCGAGCUCCACGUCUACCAUCUCUGCACCUUCCAGCGGGCCAGCCUGCGGGGCGUCCUGCGCCGCACCCUGCGCUUCCUCCGCGCCCACCCCAGCGAGGUCGUGCUCAUGCGCAUCAAGGAGGAGAUGCCCAUCUUCCCCCGACGCAGCUUCGCCGCCCGGCUGCACCGCUGCUUGCUGGAGGAGGGACGGGGCCGCGUGUGGUGCCGGGAGGAGGUGCCGACGCUGGGCCAGGUGCGAGGGAAGAUCGUGGUGCUGGAGGCGCUGGCGCGGGAGGUGCUGGGCAUCCCCUACGAGCAGCUGAGCAUCAGCGAUGCCUGGAAUGUGCUUUCGCUGGAGCGCAAGUGGGCCCGGGCCCGGCGGCACCUGGAGAGGGCGGCCGGCGGGGACCCUGCCACCAUGCACCUCACCUUCUGCUCUGGCAACGGGCUCUUCACCUGCCCCGAGGAGGUGGCCCGCUUCGUGAACUCCCGCUGCUACCAGCACCUGCGCCGCCAGAGGGGGCAGCCCGUGCGCUGGGGGGUGGUCAUCAUGGACUUCCCCGGGGCAGGGCUCCUCCGGCUCAUCGUGGAGAGCAAUGCCCUGCGGGCCAGCGGACACAUCACAGCGGCCUGGCACCACCAUGGCAUCCCCACGGCACCCCCGUCGCAGAAGGGACGGGCGCCGCAGCCAGCACAGCUCCGCUCACUGCCUGCGCCGGUGUCCAUCGGGACGGACGCUGCUCCUGACCCCACGCCUCUGCCGAAGAGCGUCAGCUCCCAUAGAGCAAAAGCAGGUUUCUAGCUCUUGCUGUGUGCCAGGAAGCCUUCGCGUGACAACAGUGUGACAGCGCUGGAGGCAGCAGAGAAGGGUUGGCGGCUGCAGUUGGAGCUGGGCAGCCCGGGCCGCUGCCACCUCCACACCGCUCUCCCCCAAGGAGCCAGGUAUGGUCCUGGUGUGGGGCUGGGCCAGCUGAGUCCCCAGCAGAGUGGCAAGGAUGGGGUGGAGGGAGAAGGUCCUGCCUCACCUCCUCUUGGGCUGGUGACUCCACCUGACGUGCCUCUCUGCAAAGCAGUCCUUUUCCUUUCAAGGGUAAAUAAAAAGAAGCUAGGAAAGCACUCCCUAUGUUGCCUUACGAUUUCCUAGCAGAAACAACCUCUUGCUUUUGCUGCUCAGCUGUGAGGGAGCCUGUACCCCUCUGCCCAUUGCUGAAGCACACUUAAAUUGGUGUUUUUAGCCAUCUUGCUCCUAAGGCAGAGCUGCGAGGGGGUCAGAGGAGGAGGAAUUAAUUUCAAAGGUGACAACAAAUGGUUAGGAACAUCCUUCCCCUUGUUAUUUUAGCUUUUGUUUUUUUCUUGCAGGGGCUUGCCCCAAAAGUCAGGACUGUUAGAGAGAGGCAGCUCUGACAAGUGCCGCCGACCCCAUGCACGGAGAGCUGGAUGGCCACAGCAGCGGCAUUUCAGAUGGGGCUACCCUGUCCCUGGGGUUGCAUACUCAGAGGAUGCUGCACAGGGCACAGCCCGGCGGUCUGCAACAGCGCAGGCAGCAUGGACAGGGCAGUUUGUAGAUCCACAAAAGCAAAGUGGUUGAGGCAUAAGGAAAAAACCUUAAAAUGCCUGUUGUGCCAGUGCCUGCUCUAUCUGCAGAAAAUAAAUCAGCAAUUUAAAUAGACUGGCAAGUUGCAGAACACAGUAGCUCCUUGGAGCUGAAAGAUAACUGAGAUCCCAGGGGAUAAAGCAUCAAACUGCUGGCUGCGCUGAAGCAGGGAGGUGAGGAAGAGAAGAGGAAAGCUCAGCCCCGGCCUGCCAAAAGGUGAAGAACGUCCUCAAGGGUGCCGCUGCCUCAGGGGAAAACAGCUGGGCUCAGUGCCUGUUGGAGGGGAUGCUGCGGGAUUUCCCGGACGGAGGAGAGGAAACUGUUUGCUCCACGGGGGCUGGUCCUGGGUGGAGACCCUGCUCUUGGGGCUGAAUAUGUUUAUCCGCUGGCUGCGCGGCUCUGCUCGGGGAACGGGGAGCACAGAGCCCGUGCUGUAAGGAGCCAGACCGGAGGGGAGGGGAGCAGGCAAUAGCGUGCAGGGGGUGAUGGAG